AUGUUACAAACACCUUCUAGGGCAUCCACGGCCUCGUCUUCUUCCUUCCAACCUAUUUCACGCCAAAACACCAUGUCUUCCUACGAGGGCUCGCGCUCAGCGCGACAGUCUAAGCGAUAUUCUAUGUCCGCUUUGUACCUGUCCAUGUCGGCGAACGAGUCAGACUUGGAGAUUGAAGAUGAUUUGGCAAAAGCGCAGAAGAUAUUGCGAGAGUUGAAGUCGAAAAUCUCCUCUCAAUCCAAGAAGAACUUCGUUCUCGAAAAGGAUGUUCGAUAUCUCGAUUCUCGAAUCGCGUUACUUAUUCAGAACCGAAUGGCUCUUGAAGAGCAAAACGAAGUCGCAAGUCAUCUUGAAGAUGCGACCGAAUUACAGGAGGGCGCAUUCCCCAACGACGACAAGACACAGAAAUAUGGAAACUUAUUGUUCCUACUACAGUCUGAACCCAGACACAUUGCGCACUUGUGUAGAUUGGUAUCUAUGGCCGAGAUUGACUCACUUCUACAGACCGUUAUGUUCACCAUAUACGGAAACCAAUACGAAAGUCGAGAAGAGCACCUCCUCUUGACUAUGUUUCAAUCCGUCUUAACUUAUCAGUUCGACACGACCCCCGAGUAUUCCUCUCUUCUCAGAGCGAACACGCCGGUAUCUCGUAUGAUGACUACCUACACUAGGCGUGGUCCUGGGCAGAGCUUCUUGCGAACGGUACUGGCUGAUAGAAUCAACAGCCUCAUCGAGUUGACGGAUCUUGACCUCGAAAUCAACCCCUUGAAGGUUUACGAGCGCAUGUGUCAACAGAUUGAGGAGGAUACUGGUAGCCUCCCGCCUACUCUCCCUCGGGGCAUCACUGGCGAGCAGGCCGCCGAGAACCCCCAAGUCCAGGCUAUUAUAGAGCCUCGUCUGACGAUGCUUACCGAGAUAGCUAAUGGCUUUCUCACGACGAUCAUUGACGGAUUAGAGGAGGCUCCUUACGGUAUUCGAUGGAUCUGCAAGCAGAUUCGAAGUCUAACCAAGCGAAAGUACCCGGAUGCGAAUGACCAAGUUAUUUGCACCUUAAUCGGCGGCUUUUUCUUCCUGCGUUUCAUCAAUCCCGCCAUUGUUACACCUAAGUCAUAUAUGCUCAUCGACGGAGUCCCCUCCGAACGACCAAGGCGAACGCUUACUCUUGUUGCUAAGAUGCUACAGAAUCUGGCCAAUAAGCCAUCGUAUGCGAAGGAACCAUAUAUGGCUAAGUUGCAACCGUUUAUUCAACAGAAUAAGGAUCGUGUCAACAAAUUCAUGUUAGAUCUCUGCGAAGUUCAAGACUUCUACGAGAGCCUAGAGAUGGAUAAUUACGUAGCUCUUUCCAAGAAAGACCUAGAGCUCUCUAUUACGCUUAACGAAAUUUACGCCAUGCACGCCUUGAUCGAAAAGCAUAGCGGAGAAUUAUGCAAGGACGAAAAUUCACACUUGUCGCAAAUCAUUGCGGAACUCGGUCACGCACCAGCCCAGGUACCUCGAAAGGAGAAUAGGGCGAUUAACCUUCCCCUAUUCAGCCGGUGGGAGACUGCUAUUGACGACUUAACGGCUGCUUUGGAUAUCACUCAAGAAGAGGUUUACUUCAUGGAAGCCAAAUCCAUCUUCGUACAGGUCAUGCGCUCUAUUCCUUCGAACAGCUCGGUCGCCCGCCGGCCGCUACGGCUCGAAAGAAUCGCCGACGCGGCUGCUACAUCAAGAAAUGAUGCGGUUAUGGUUAGAAAGGGUAUCCGCGCCAUGGAAUUGUUGAGCCAACUCCAAGAGAUGAAAGUCAUCGACAAGUCAGACUCAUUCGGUCUUCUAAGAGAUGAAGUCGAACAGGAGUUGCAGCACUUAGGUUCGUUGAAGGACGGCGUUAUUGCCGAGACCGCCAAACUCGAAGAAGUGUACAAGACGAUUAGAGAUCACAACUCGUACCUCGUCGGUCAAUUGGAAACGUACAAGAGCUACCUUCACAAUGUCCGAAGUCAGUCAGAGGGCACGAGACGAAAGCAGCAGAAGCAACAAGUUCUCGGACCUUACAAAUUCACUCAUCAGCAACUAGAGAAAGAAGGUGUCAUUCAGAAGAGCAAUGUUCCCGAUAAUCGAAGAGCUAAUAUCUACUUCAAUUUCACCAGUCCUUUGCCUGGCACUUUCGUCAUUUCACUGCAUUACAAAGGCCGCAAUCGUGGACUUUUGGAACUCGACCUCAAGCUCGACGACCUUUUAGAAAUGCAGAAGGAUAACCAAGACGAUUUGGACCUCGAAUACGUACAGUUCAACGUCACGAAGGUAUUGGCCUUGUUAAACAAGCGCUUUGCCAGGAAGAAGGGCUGGUGA